UUUUGAAUUUAUCUUACAAAUGCAUACUUACAAACUCACACACAUAUACGAAACAAUUACUGCACAGUUUAUGCUCGUCUAUGGAAAUAUCUGGACAAUUGAACAGCGCGUUUGUAAUAGUGAGGGGGAAGAAAUUCAGACUCCUUAUCGGAACGGACUUGGACAAAAAUCCGAGGGCGAUGAUUAUGUAAUCUACCAUUCGGCAACUUUCGGGCAAAGGAGGAGUUGCCAUCGUCCAUAGAACUCCCUCUACUUGAUUCUUUAAAAGUGAGUACUGUCACUUUGUUGUCCUUAUUUUUUUGAUAUCAACAGCUUUAUAGGACAUGGCCUCGAAAGCAGCCACCACAGCCGUGGACUUUGCCCGUGUCUACUCAUCCUUAGGCCUCGGAAAGGAGACCAUUGCUUCACUCCAAGCGUUCCGGAAAAGACACAGCGAAGCACAACGCAUCCACGCCCAAUACGCCUCCCAGCCCACCACGGUCGACAUUGCUUACUACCGCUCCGUGUUGAAGAACCAGGCUGUAGUCGAUGAGGCUGAGAAGAUUCUGAAGUCGUUCAAGCCUGUGACGUACGAUGUUGGCUCGCACAUCAAUGCUAUUGAGUCGUUCGAGGCCAAGGCGGUCGCAAAGGCCCAGGAGACCGAGGCCAAGAUUGACGUUGAGCUGAAGGAACUACAGGCUACCCUUGCGAACAUCGAGGAAGCACGUCCAUUUGACCAAUUGACUGUCAAUGACGUUGGAGAAGCGCACCCCCGCCUGCAAGAAGUUGUCGAGACGAUGGUCAAGAAGGGCAAAUGGACGGUACCAGGAUACAAGGAGAAGUUCGGCGACCUCAACCUCAUGUAGACUGCGUAAUUGUUGCAUGGGUGUGAUAUAGCACAUAUC